AUAUAUAUAUAUAAAUCAAUACAAAUUAAAUUCCGAAAAAAAAAUCACCCCUUUCGUAAACCAUAAAAAAAAAAUUCACUUAAGCCAUACGACAUACUCAUGUAGUCAAACAUGUUCAAGAACCGGAUCCGCAUGUUUUUUAACGAACUGAAGGUGCUGGUUUUCAUGCGAUCCGGUUCUGGACGCUCCGACAGUGACGCAGAGCCGAACAGACGACCCAACAGCAGCAUGAGGGGGCUCGGGAUGGGCGGCUGCGGUUGGCCGCCCUUCGUUGACUGCUCCAGCCGCGACGACGAGGAAGAAUACUACGGAAGCGACCCCAGGCCCAGGAGUCUGGCGUUUGAGGAGAAAGACCCGAGACUGCAGGCGGGCCUGGACGCGGUCAGCCUCUCCAGCAGCACGGGCAGCGGCAUGAGAACACCUCAGUGUCGAAUCUGCUUCCAAGGGCCCGAGCAGGGGGAGCUGUUGAGCCCAUGCCGCUGCGACGGCUCCGUGCGCUGCACCCACCAGCCCUGUCUGAUUCGCUGGAUCAGCGAGAGAGGCUCCUGGAGCUGUGAGCUCUGCUACUUCAAGUACCAAGUCCUGGCCAUCAGCACCAAGAACCCUCUGCAGUGGCAGGCGAUUUCUCUGACGGUGAUUGAGAAGGUGCAGAUCGCUGCCAUUAUCCUGGGCUCACUCUUCCUCAUCGCCAGUAUCUCGUGGCUGGUGUGGUCUUCUCUCAGCCCGUCGGCCAAGUGGCAGCGCCAGGACCUGCUCUUCCAGAUCUGCUACGGCAUGUACGGCUUCAUGGACAUUGUGUGCAUAGGCCUUAUAAUCCACGAGGGCUCAUCCGUGUAUAGAAUCUUCAAGCGAUGGCAGGCUGUAAACCAGCAGUGGAAAGUGUUGAACUAUGAGAAGUCGAAGGACUUGGGAGACCCGGUGAGCUCCAGCAGUAAGGCAGGCAUCCGCGGUGCACGCAGCACCCCUCACGGCCUGGCCAGCGGCAGCAUGGGGGGCCAGCGAGUGCGCCGGCUAAGGACUAUCCUCAACCACCACUGCGGCUACACCAUCCUCCACAUCCUCAGCCAGCUGCGGCCCAGCGACACGCGGCUCGGAACCGCCACUAACCACGAGGUGGUGAUGCGGGUCACGACCGUAUGAGGUCGGAGAGAAACAAAGUCAAAUUUUAGGCUCCAAAAGACGGAAUGAUCACAAUUUUCUUGCAUAAUGGACAGGAAUGCACACAAACAAUGCGUAGGACAUUGGCACCAAUAAUUCCUGGAGUUUCUGUUGGCGAGUUUCUCUCAUGAUCUAGCACACUAUUGCAUUUUUAAGUUGGAUUUCCUCGCUGGUGUUGUUUUUUUAUCGAUACGGUUUUUAAAACGUUUUGAUUUUCUAAGAGAGAAUGGUACAUGAAGUGACAUCGACGUUUGAUGUAUAUGAUAACCCAUAAUAGGGAACUAUUGUUGUAAAUGAUGUUUACGGAUGCUUCUGACGCAGCAAGAAAGCCAAUCAUAACUAAACGAUCAAGACACAAUAACCAGGGAAACGAGAUAUGAAUUGUUACAUGCUAAAAUAUAUCAAAGGGGAGGGUGCAAUAAGAAUCAAUAAGAUUAUACAGAGAAUAAAAGACGUAAACAUUUAAAAGAAUUUGAUCUCUGCAAUAAAGAUACCUGUACAUUUUACAGUGACCUUUGCAUGAGGGUAGAGUUUUAUGCCUCCUCGACACAUGUACAUGAUGAAUUUGUUUUAUUCAGAAUGGUGCUCGUUUGAAUAAACACUUCUAUUCAUCUGCUGUUUGUGAAAUGCAUCAUCUCACAGGCUUUUUUUCAUUUAAG